AUGCGGCCGACAUCCACAAGACAGAUGGUUCGCAUCUGCAAACAAUGUCGCAACCAUCCUCAAAAAGCUUCACUUUCUCUCGUCGCCAUAACCGCAACGCCAACACCCCAAAUACAACGCACGAAAGCCCCAUCCGUACUCUCCGCCCAACCUCUCCGAGCAUUCACAACCCGCUCCUCACACUCUUCCACAUCAACAUCCACCGCCGAAGCGACCAGCCCAUCUCCCACUCAAACCCUCUACUCCUUCUUCCCCGAAACCCUCCCAGACGGACCCCCUCCAACGGGCCACUUCCCAAUCGACCUGCGCUCCCUUCGCCGCGAAUUCCUCCGCCUCCAGUCUCGGUACCACCCGGACCUGCAGCCGUCGUCGUCCAAGGUCCGCGCCGAAGCCACCAGCGCCGCCAUCAACGAAGCCUACAAGACGCUCUCGAACCCGCUCCUCCGCGCGCAGUACCUCCUCUCCCUGCAGGGCGUGGACGUCGCCAACGACGAGACCCUCAAGGUCGAGGAGCCGGACCUGCUGAUGGUUGUUCUGGAGGCACACGAGAUGAUUGAGGAGGCGGGCAGCGCAGCGGACCUGGAGGCCCUGACGGCGGAGAACGAGGAGAGGAUCAGGGCGAGCGAGGAGGUGCUGGAGGCGGCGUUUCGGGAGCACGAUAUUCAGACGGCGAAGAGGGAGGCUGUGCGGCUGAGGUAUUGGGUUAAUGUGCGGGAAGCGGUUAGCGAUUGGGAGGAGGGGAGACCUGCUGUUUUGAGGCACUAG